GAAGAUGAAGGAAGAGGAGGAAGAGGAGGACGGAGCAAAGUCUCUAAUAUCCAGCUGUCCAUCUAUGAAGAGUGACCGGUCUAGAGGUUUUCCUCCAGCCUUCAGUAAUGAACCUGGACCCUCAGACACAAAGCAGCAGAGUCUUUAACAGAGAGCAGAGUCUGUAACAUCCAGCUGUCUGUCUAUGAAGAGUGACCGCUCUAUAGGUGAUGGUCCAAACUUCAGUGAUGAACCUGGACCCUCAGACACAAAAGAGAGGAAGAGGAGGGAUGUUUCUGUGGAGCGGCUGUUCUACUGCUCUUUGUGUCAGGAUGUCCUGAAGGAUACAGUCUCUACCAGCUGUGGACACUUGUUCUGUAGACAGUGCAUCACCUCAUACCGGGACCAGUCUGCUUCAUCAGGAGACUUCUCCUGUCCCCAGUGUGCAGAAAGACCCAGAACCAGACCAGAACCUGGACUGCAGAGAGACAGUCAGACCAGCACUGUACAAAGUAAGACUGAAGAUCUUGAUCUGCAGGAGGUUUUAGAUGAACAUCAGAUCAGUCUGAGCAGCACAUGUGAAUGUGUGACUCAAGGAACUGAUGAAGCAGGGAGUGAAAUCCUCGUCAACAGCAUCUUCACUGAGGUCCACAUCACAGAGGGACAGACUGAAGAGUUUAAUACCCAACAUGAGGUGUGGCAGCUUGAAACAGCUUCCAAGAUGAAGACCCUCCAUGACACUCCAAUCAAGUGUCAGGACAUUUUUAAAGUCUUACCGGACCAACAGAAACACAUCAGAGUUGUUCUGAUGAAUGGCAUCGCUGGCGUUGGAAAAACCUUCUUAGUGCAGAAGUUCACUCUGGACUGGGCACAGCGCUUCGAAAACCAAGAUAUCAGUCUGCUGAUUCAGUUCUCGUUCAGGGCGCUGAACUUGAUCAAAGAUGAACAGUACAGUCUGAUCAUGCUGAUCCAUGUUUUCUAUCCAACAUUACAGAAGCUCACAGCAGAGAAGCUCGCUGUCUGUAAAGUGUUGUUCAUCUUUGACGGCCUGGAUGAAAGCAGACUUUCACUGGAUUUCAACAACAGUGAGGCCGUGUCUGAUGUCACACAGAAGUCAUCAGUCAGCGUGCUGUUGACAAACAUCAUCAAGGGGAAGCUGCUUCCCUCGGCUCUCAUCUGGAUAACUUCCCGACCUGCAGCAGCCAAUCAGAUCCCUCCUUCAUAUGUGGACAGGGUAACAGAAGUACAAGGCUUCACUGAUGACCAGAAGGAGGAGUACUUCAGGAGGAGAUUCAGUGAUGAAGAGCAGUCCAGCAGAAUCAUCUCACACAUCAAGACAUCCAGGAGCCUCCACAUCAUGUGUCACAUCCCAGUCUUCUGCUGGAUCACUGCUACAGUUCUGGACCACAUGUUGACUCCAGACCAGAGAGGAGAGCUGCCCAAAACCCUGACUGACAUGUACUCACACUUCCUGUUGGUUCAGACAAAGAGGAGGAAGAACAAGUAUGAUGAUGGACAUGAGACGAGUCCAGAGGAGCUGAUGGAGGCUGACAGCGAAGUUCUUCUGAAGCUGGGGAGGCUGGCGUUUGAACAACUGCAGGAAGGAAACAUCCUGUUCUACCAAGAAGACCUGGAGCAGUGUGGUCUUGAUGUCACAGAGGCAUCGGUGUUAUCAGGAGUUUGUACACAGAUCCUUAAAAGAGAGAGAGUGAGCUUCCAGAAAGCAGUCUACAGCUUUGUUCAUCUGACUGUUCAGGAGUUUCUGGCUGCAGUCUACAUGUACCACUGUUACACCAGCAGGAACACAGAGGUACUGAAGGACCUCCUGGGACAAGACUACAGUGACUCAUCACUGGAUGACUUCCUGAAAGGAGCCAUGGAGAAAUCUCUCCAAAGUAAAAAUGGCCACAUGGACCUGUUUGUCCGCUUCCUUCAUGGCCUCUCUCUGGAGUCCAACCAGAGUCUUCUAGGAGGCCUUCUGGGUCAGACAGACAACAGUCCAGAAAUCAUCCAGAGAGUCAUCAACAACCUAAAGGAGAUGAACAAAUUUGAUAUCUCUCCUGACAGAAGCAUCAACAUCUUCCACUGUCUGAUGGAGAUGAACGACCGCUCAGUACAUCAGGAGAUUCAAGAGUUCCUGAAGUCAGAGAACAGAUCAAAGAAGAAACUCUCUGAUAUCCACUGCUCAGCUCUGGCCUACAUGCUGCAGAUGUCAGAGGAGGUUCUGGAUGAGUUGAACCUGAAGAAGUACAACACAACACAGGAAGGACAACGGAGACUGAUCCCAGCUGUGAGGAACUGCAGAAAGGCUGUACUUUCUGGCUGUGGACUCUCAGAGACUCACUGUGAAGUUGUGGCCUCAGCUCUGAAGUCCAACCCCCAUCUGACAGAGCUGGACCUGAGUGAAAGAGACCUCCCUGAUUCAGGAGUGAAGCAUCUGUCUGCUGGACUCGAGAGUCCAAACUGUAGACUGGAGACUCUGAGAUUGUGGUGCUGCAGUUUGUCAGAGACCAGCUGUGCUUAUCUGGUCUCAGCUCUGAAGGACAACCCCUCCCAUCUGAGAGAUCUGAAUUUGAGUGAAAACAACCUACAGGAUUCAGGAAUGAAGCAACUGUGUGGUUUUGUGGAGAAUCCAGACUGUAAACUAAAGGCUCUGAGAUUGUGGUGCUGCAGUUUGUCAGAGACCAGCUGUGAUUCUCUGGUCUCAGCUCUGAAGGACAACCCCUCCCAUCUGAGAGAGCUGGAUCUGAGUGAAAACAACCUGCAGGAUUCAGGAGUGAAGCAUCUGUGUGGUUUUGUGGCGAGUCGAGACUGUAGACUGGAGGCUCUGAGAUUGAGGAGCUGCAGUUUGUCAGAGAUCAGCUGUGAUUCUCUGGCCUCAGCUCUGAAGUGCAACCCCUCCCAUCUGAGAGAGCUGGAUCUGAGUAAGAACAAGCUGCAGGAUUCAGGAGUGAAGCUGCUGUGCAAUUUUGUGGCGAGACCAGACAGUAGACUGAAGACUCUGGGAUUCUGGCGCUGCAGUUUAUCGGACAUCAGCUGUGCUUCUCUGGCCUCAGCUUUGAAGUGCAACCCAUCCCAUCUGAGACUGCUGGAUCUGAGUGAAAACAAGCUGGAUUCAGGAGUGAAGCAUCUGUGUGAUUUCCUGGAGAGUCCUCACUGUGAACUGGAGGCUCUGGGACUGAGAUCCUGCACUUUAUCAGAGAUCAGUUGUGCUACUCUGGCCUCAGCUCUGAAGUGCAACCCCUCCCAUCUGAGAGUGUUGGAUCUGAACUUCAACAAUUUGUGGGAUUCAGAUGUGAAGCCGCUGUCUGAUCUUAAAGACAGUAAAGACUGCAGACUGGAGACUUUGUGUCAGGACGUCCUGAAGGAUCCAGUCUCUACCAGCUGUGGACACUGGUUCUGCAGACAUUGCAUCACCUCAUACUGGGACCAGUCUGCUUCAUCAGGAGACUCCUCCUGUCCCCAGUGUGCAGAAACACCCAGAACCAGACCUGGACUGCAGACAGACAGUCAGACCAGCACUACUGAUUAUACCUUUUCUUCUUCUCUUUCAACAGAAAGUGGUCUGCAGGAGGUUUUAGAUGAACAUCAGAACAGUCUGAACAGCACAUGUGAGCAUGUGACUGAUGAAGCAGGAAAUGAAAUCCUCCUCAAAAGGAUCUUCACUGAGGUCCACAUCACAGAGGGACAGAGUGAAGAGGUUAAUACCCAACAUGAAGUGUGGCAGCUUGAAACAGCUUCCAGGAUGAAGACCCUCCAUGACACUCAAAUCAAGUGUCAGGACAUCUUUAAAGUCUUACCUGACCAACACAAACACAUCAGAGUCGUUCUGAUGAACGGCAUCGCUGGCGUUGGAAAAACCUUCUCAGUGCAGAAGUUCACUCUGGACUGGGCACAGCGCUCCAAAAACCAAGAUAUCAGUCUGCUAAUUCUGUUCUCGUUCAGGGUGCUGAACUUGAUCAAAGAUAAGCAGUACAGUCUGAUCAUGCUGAUCCGUGUUUUCUAUCCAACGUUACAGAAGCUCACAGCAGAGAAGCUCGCUGUCUGUAAAGUUUUGUUCAUCUUUGAUGGUCUGGAUGAAAGUAGACUUUCACUGGAUUUCAACAACAGUGAGGUUGUGUCUGAUGUCACACAGAAGUCAUCAGUCAGCGUGCUGUUGACAAACCUCUUCAUGGGGAAGCUGCUUCCCUCGGCUCUCAUCUGGAUAACUUCCCGACCUGCAGCAGCCAAUCAGAUCCCUCCUUCAUGUGUGGACAGGGUAACAGAAGUACAAGGCUUCACUGACGCCCAGAAGGAAGAGUACUUCAGGAGGAGAUUCAGUGAUGAAGAGCAGUCCAGCAGGAUCAUCUCACACAUCAAGACAUCCAGGAGCCUCCACAUCAUGUGUCACAUGCCAGUCUUCUGCUGGAUCACUGCUACAGUUCUGGACCACAUGUUGACUACAGACCAGAAAGGAGAGCUGCCCAAAACCCUGACUGACCUGUACUCACACUUCCUGCUGGUUCAGACAAAGAGGAAGAAGAACAAGUAUGAUGAGGGACAUGAGACGAGUCCACAGGAGCUGUCGAAGGGUGACAGGAAACUUCUUCUGAAGCUGGGGAGGCUGGCGUUUGAACAACUGGAGAAAGGAAACAUUCUGUUCUACCAAAAAGACCUGGAGCAGUGUGGUCUUGAUGUCACAGGGGCCUCUGUGUUAUCAGGAUUCUGUACACAGAUCCUUAAGAGAGAGAGAGUGAGCUUCCAGAAAACAGUCUACAGCUUUGUUCAUCUGACUGUUCAGGAGUUUCUGGCUGCAGUCUACAUGCACCACUGUUACACCAGCAGGAACACAGAGGUACUGAAGGUUUUCCUGGGAGAAGAAAAACUUUCUGCCAAUGUCAGAAACAAUGAUAGCCAUGACUCAUCACUGGAUGACUUCCUGAAAGCAGCCAUGGAGAAAUCUCUCCAAAGUAAAAAUGGCCACUUGGACCUGUUUGUCCGCUUCCUUCAUGGCCUCUCUCUGGAGUCCAACCAGAGUCUCCUAGGAGAUCUGCUGGGUCAGACAGACAACAGUCCAGAAACCAUCCAGAGAGUCAUCAACAACCUGAAGGAGAUGAACAAAUUUGAUAUUUCCCCUGACAGAAGCAUCAACAUCUUCCACUGUCUGAUGGAGAUGAACGACCGCUCAGUACAUCAGGAGAUCCAAGAGUUCCUGAAGUCAGAGAACAGAUCAAUGAAGGAGCUCUCUGAGAUCCACUGCUCAGCUCUGGCCUACAUGCUGCAGAUGUCAGAGGAGGUUCUGGAUGAGUUGAACCUCAAGAAGUACAACAAAACACAGAAAGGACAACGGAGACUGAUACCAGCUGUGAGGAACUGCAGAAAGGCUGUACUUUCUGGCUGUGGACUCUCAGAGACUCACUGUGAAGUUGUGGCCUCAGCUCUGAAAUCCAACCCCCAUCUGACAGAGCUGGACCUGAGUGAAAGAGACCUGCCUGAUUCAGGAGUGAAGCAUCUGUCUGCUGGACUCGAGAGUCCAAACUGUAGACUGGAGACUCUGAGAUUAUGGUGCUGCAGUUUGUCAGAGACCAGCUGUGCUUAUCUGGUCUCAGCUCUGAGGGCCAACCCCUCCCAUCUGAGAGAUCUGAAUUUGAGUGAAAACAACCUACAGGAUUCAGGAGUGAAGCAACUGUGUGGUUUUGUGGAGAAUCCAGACUGUAAACUAAAGGCUCUGAGAUUGUGUUGCUGCAGUUUGUCAGAGACCAGCUGUGAUUCUCUGGUCUCAGCUCUGAAGGACAACCCCUCCCAUCUGAGAGAGCUGGAUCUGAGUGAAAACAACCUGCAGGAUUCAGGAGUGAAGCAUCUGUGUGAUUUUGUGGCGAGUCGAGACUGUAGACUGGAGGCUCUGAGAUUGAGGGGCUGCAGUUUGUCAGAGAAAAGCUGUGAUUCUCUGGCCUCAGCUCUGAAGUGCAACCCCUCCCAUCUGAGAGAGCUGGAUCUGAGUAAGAACAAGCUGCAGGAUUCAGGAGUGAAGCUGCUGUGCAAUUUUGUGGAGAGACCAGACAGUAGACUGAAGACUCUGGGAGUCUGGCGCUGCAGUUUAUCGGACAUCAGCUGUGCUUCUCUGGCCUCAGCUUUGAAGUGCAACCCAUCCCAUCUGAGAGUGCUGGAUCUGAGUGAAAACAAGCUGCAGGAUUCAGGAGUGAAGCAUCUGUGUGAUUUCCUGGAGAGUCGUCACUGUGAACUGGAGGCUCUGGGAUUGAGAUCCUGCACUUUGUCAGAGAUCAGUUGUGCUACUCUGGCCUCAGCUCUGAAGUGCAACCCCUCCCACCUGAGAGUGCUGGAUCUGAACUACAACAACCUGCAGGAUUCAGAUGUGAAGCCGCUGUCCGAUCUUAAAGACAGUAAAGACUGCAGACUGGAGACUCUGAGACGGAACUGGUGAUCUCUGUCAGAGUGUGAGUGAACAUCCAGGAGUGUUGAGAGAGGAUCAGCUGGAUCCUGAUGAUCCAUCUGGACCGGAGUCUGGAUCUGGAUUUUGUCGUCUUCAUUUAAGUUUCUUCACUGACUACAAACUGAACAGUUAUCAUUAGAUUUGUUAUGAUUGUUGCAAAAAUCAGGUGUUACAAGUCAGACUAUGACGCUGGGCUCAUAUUAAUCAAACGUCUCAGAAUCACACUGAGAGUUAACAAGGACUAAUACUAAUGAAUGAAGCAGAAGAAAAUUGACUGUGACUUUCAGCAGGAGAGGGAUUACUGCUGGGAGAGAGUGAGACGUCGCUGUUUUACCAAAGUCAGAGCAGCAAAGUAGAAAUAAUGAUGACAUGUUGAAGUUUUCUCACAUUCUCAGCUGUAAAUAUUAAACAGUGGUAAUUUGGUGUAUUAUGUGUAUAGACAGGUAACUUACUGAGGUUAUGUA